AUGGAGGGCCUCUUCGUGCAGCUGGAGAAGGGGCUGCUGAAGAGCCUGCGCGCUUCUGGCCAGAGCCGGUGUCAAAAGAAACCUUCAAGGAUGAGCUUGGAACUUGCUGAAAUGACAGUGAGUUCCUCUCUGGGUGCCCAGGAGAACGUUAUUAAACCCCUGUCUUAUGAUGGGAAGCUGUCCCUGGAGGAGUUCCAGGCCUUUUUCUCUGAUGGGACGCUCAGCGAAGAAGAACUUGAGAAGCUCUUUCAUACCAUUGACUCUGACAACACCAACAACGUGGACACCAAGGAGCUGUGCGACUAUUUUGCUGACCAUAUGGGAGACUACGAAGACGUCUUGGCCUCGCUGGAGACGCUGAACCUCUCCAUCCUGAAGGCAAUGGACUACACCAAACGGGUGUCGGAGAGCGGCAGCAACGUGGCCCAGUUCGUGCCCCGCUUCCUGCUCAAGGAGACGGCGAACCAGACCCAGCAGCUGCUGAGCUCUGUGGAGAGCGCCGUGGAUGCCAUCGACGAGCAAACCAACCCUACCAGGCACUACCCCAGCAAGGCUGGCCAUGGUCUGAUGGACACCUGGUAUGACAGCCCUGUGCCCAGCUACUCUCCCACCAGCCGGAUGGUCCCCAGGGAGCAUGGGAAGAGCUUCCAGACUGGUAAGCGGGCAGAGGGGCUCUUGGGGGGGGCCUCUCGCUCCCUCGCUCUGCUCUGCAGGCUGGAGGACAAGACCCUCUGGUUCGACCUGCGCCAGCGGCUGUCAGACGGCGAGAGCACGGCUUGCACGCCGUCCCUGGUGAUGGCCACAGAUUCCUGCAACCCCCCAACAAGCGCUGGUGUCCCCACGGUCUGGGACAGCCCAGGACCUACCUGGAAGCCGAAGCAGAUGGUGGGGAUGACGCUGAAGACGGAGGCCCAGGAGAAUGCCCUGUGGCGUGGGGGGACGGGACCACAGUGA